CUUGUAGCCGACGAUCGUUCAGUUCAGUUCGAGUUUAGCUUUGAAGCAGAACACACGGUUCACUCCAGCAGGGAAUACGUGAAAUGUGCACAGUGUUUAAACGAAGAAAUCCAACGUUUCCUCAAAAUACAAAUAUAUAAAUAAUAACCUAACUAAAGAACUAAUUUGAAAGACCGUAAACUCUGGAGUUCUUUGUUAAUUGCGAGAAGCAAUCUGGGCAUCAUGAAAUUGCAGCACAGUUUUGUGGCAAUUUUGGGAUUAGUUUCGAUACUGGGAAUCGCCAAAGCCGAUCGGACUUUUGUAGUGGACUAUGAAAAUGAUCAAUUCUUAAAGGAUGGACGACCGUUUCGUUUUAUAUCUGGCUCGUUUCAUUACUUUCGGGCACAUCCAGACACCUGGUCGCGACAUCUGAGAACAAUGCGAGCUGCCGGUCUUAAUGCAGUGACAACAUACGUGGAAUGGUCACUGCACAAUCCACGGGAUGGCGUCUACGUUUGGAGCGGCAUUGCGGAUCUGGAGCGUUUUAUACGGCUGGCUGUGGACGAGGAUCUGUUGGUGAUACUGCGUCCAGGACCAUAUAUAUGUGCCGAGCGAGAUAUGGGAGGUUUUCCCUACUGGUUACUUCAUAAAUUUCCAGGAAUACAACUACGCACGGCUGAUACAAAUUAUCUGAGUGAGAUUCGCAUCUGGUAUAACCAGCUAAUGACUCGCAUGUCACCCUAUCUAUAUGGCAAUGGUGGACCCAUUAUCAUGGUACAGGUGGAGAACGAGUAUGGCUCAUUCUUUGCCUGUGAUCUCACCUAUCGCAACUGGUUGCGCGAUGAGACCCAGAGUUAUGUUAAGAACAAUGCUGUCUUGUUUACAAACGAUGGACCCAGUGUAUUGCGUUGCGGCAAAAUACAGGGUGUAUUGGCCACAAUGGACUUUGGAGCCACACGAGAUUUGAAGAGCAUUUGGGCCAAAUUAAGACGCUAUGAGCCGAAGGGUCCGCUGGUGAAUGCCGAGUACUAUCCCGGUUGGUUGACACACUGGACCGAGCCCAUGGCCAAUGUGAGCACGGAGUCUAUAACGGGUACUUUUAUUGACAUGUUGAAUAGUGGCGCCAGCGUCAAUUUCUAUAUGUUUUAUGGCGGCACCAACUUUGGCUUUACGGCGGGCGCCAAUGACAAUGGUCCCGGCAACUAUAUCGCCGACAUAACCAGCUACGACUAUGAUGCACCCAUGACCGAAGCUGGCGAUCCCACGCCCAAGUACUAUGCUCUCCGCCGCAUCAUUGCCAGAUUUUUGCCCAUGCCAGAUAUACCCGUGCCAGAUCCUGUGCCCAAGCGUGCCUAUGGCACCAUUCGACUGACCAGCUGCUGCACGCUGUUCUCCAGCGAAGGACGACAGAAGCUGGCCACCGGCAUGGUGCGCUCCAACAAGCCCAAGACCUUUGAGGCAUUGGAUCAGUAUUCCGGACUGGUCUUAUAUGAAACCUGGCUGCCAGCGCACUUCAAACGCGAUCCGAGUGUACUAUAUGUGCCUGGAUUGGCCGACCGUGGCUAUGUCUAUGUGGACAAUGAAUUUGUGGGCAUCCUUGCGAGGGAGACACCCAUCUAUGAGCUGCCAUUGAGCGCCAGCUCGGGCAAACGUCUGCAAAUUCUGGUGGAGAAUCAGGGACGCUUGAACUAUGGCAGACAAUUGAAUGACUUCAAGGGAUUAACGAAUGAUGUGCGAUUGGAUAAGCAGAUGUUAAGCAACUGGAAUAUGACCAAGUAUCCACUGGAGUCUUAUGACGACAUUGAGCGGUUCAUUGACCACUCGACGGAGUCGGCACAUGUUGGCUUCCAGGAACUCAGAAAGCCACAAUUAUUGCUACGUUCUGGACCAGCAAUCUACCAUGGUACACUGACCAUUGACAAAGAUGAUCAGCUGGCUGACACUUAUUUGGAUAUGUCUGGAUGGGGCAAGGGAAUUGUCUUCAUAAAUGGUGAGAAUCUGGGACGAUACUGGCCACUCGUGGGACCUCAAGUUACACUCUAUGUACCCGCCCCGGUGCUAAAGGUGGGCAACAACCGCGUCGUCGUGGUGGAAUACCAAAUGGCACCCACAUCCAUGGAGCUGGAGUUUCUCGAUAAGCCCAUUCUAAACGCCCAAUCUUAAUAUUAGCUUAAAGUUCAGUUAGUAAAUUCAUCGUUCAUUAUGUAAAUGUAAAUGUAAAUGUAAAAUGUUGACUGGAUUAACAUUUAUUGUAAGGCAUUAAAGUAUGGUGUUGGCACCUUCAACCUUUUGUAAACCUGC